AUGAGCGCCCCGACUGGAAUCGGGACAGGCGAUCUCCGCUCCAACCCGCGCUACCUCUUUCGCCAACCACGCGCUCUACAGUGGUUCGAUAACGGGCGGCUAGUCAAGCGUCAUGACUGUGAACGAGCGGCAGGCCGCUUCGAACUCUUCCUCGAUUUGCUUUACGUCGCGAUUCUUUCGAACUUUGCGGAUUCUCUUGUGGAGGAUAUCUCGGGCGCAAAGCUUGUCAAGUACAUUCUUAUCCUAGCCCCGUCAUGGCACGUCUGGAGCGAUCUCCGCGAGUUAAUGAACUCAUUCUACAACGAUGACCUACUCCAGCGAAUCCUCAUCUUAUGGGUGAUGGCCGUGCUCGUCGUCUACGGAAACAACGCGCCGCUCGUGGAUAAAGAUAUUGGCGCCAUGCGCGCGACAGUCGGCGCAUACAUGGUAGCCCGCCUCACCUGCAACCUGGCGCAGCUGCUAUACUCCUUCUCGAGCUACCAACACCGACGCCAGCAGCGCCUCUGGGUGGGACUCUCCACCCUGUUCAUGUGCUUAUUUAUUCCCCUCUACCUGGAGUCGAUUUCUAUUCCUGCGAAGAUCGCCGUGGCUGCCGUGGGCGUCUGCGUCGAAGAAGCGACCUGGAUCUUUUCCUUUUCCCCCGCGGCAAAAAAACUACUUCACUCUAGAUAUUCUACCGCGGUCGACAUUAACCAUGAGAUGGAUCGGUUCGCGGCGUUCUAUAUUAUCGUUCUGGGCGAGUUCCUCUUCUUCAUCAUUGUCGGGUCGCCUGCCGCUAUCGGUUUCAACGAGCGCACUAUCCGGGCCAUCUGGACGCUGGUUAUCGCAUUCUGCCUCAAUUGGCUUUAUGUGCAUGCCGACGGCUCCAUCGAGCAUGACCAUCCGCUGCGUCAUAGUGUCUAUUCGGCUUUCCUGUUCGUUCUGAUCCACCUUCCGCUCGUGGCUGGUCUCCUGGCUGGUGGACACGUCGCUGCUGUGUCGGUGGCGGAAAAGGGGUUCGAAGAUCCCGAGCGCUGGCUUCUUUGUGGAGGUCUCGGGACUGGGAUGAUUUGUUUGUAUGGAUUCGCGCUGCUUCAUGGUUCUAAGGAUGAGCGUGGAACUUUGAUCAUGGACAAGCCCCUUCGCUUGAUUAUGCGGCCCAUUACCGGAGUCAUUACGGUUUUGAUUCCUCUCGCCCAUGAUCUGAAUGCUACGAAAGUCCUCUCGAUCAUCAUGGCUCUGUUUGUCUUCUGCGUGCUAUGGGAAACCUAUGGUUCUCUCAUGAAGGACGCUUGUUUCUUCGAGCACUGGACUGAUACGAAGUACCCUGAGCGGGUGAUCGCUGAAGGUCCCUCUGACAAGGAGGAAAGAUCGACGCCUUGA